GCGGCGGCUGCUCGUGCUGCGCCCGCUCCCGCUCGCUGUCUUCCCGUCGCGGGUGGGCUCCGCAGCCCCUGGCCCGCUGUAGCCCCUGCUCCGCUGCGGCGCCCACCCUCCACCUCCCCUCCGUGGGGAGCCGACCCGUGCAGCCCACCCCAGGGCCUCUCUUCUCCCACCCGCGGCUCCUCUGUGGAGCUGGCUCGGGCUCUCAACUUCGCCUCCUCUUCGGUCUGCUCUGCUGGGCGCGAACCUGUUCACCCCCGGCCCAGCCGCGCGCCCGGGGACGGUGCGCCUGGCGCUCGAGCCGGCGCCCCCAGCCCGGAGCGCAGCGCGUGGCGGGUGGCUCUGGAGAAGUGGCAGGGGGCGGCUGCGGCUGCUGCCUCGACUUACUCAGCUGGGAGCAGAAGAGGACCCUCAGAGGCGCUUGGGGGCCCCAGCCGCUGUAUGACUGGCACGAGCAGCGCGCCUCGCACCUGGCACUUUUCCCACAUGACGGGAAGACGAGCUUCUGGUUAGAGACAGGCACCCCGAGUCAGAGGCCGUCUGCGCACCAUGAAGGGGGCCUGCAUCGUCGCGUGUCUGUUCUCAGGCCUGGGGUGGUGGGCGCUCGGCCAGCCGGAGACAGAUGCGCUGCAGUGCCAGAGAGCCGAGCACCCGGUCAUUUCCCAUAAAGAGAUUGGCCCCUGGUUACGGGAGUUCAGAGCGAAGAAUGCUGUGGAUUUCUCGCAGUUAACAUUUGACCCAGGACAGAAAGAGCUUGUUGUAGGAGCAAGAAACUACCUCUUCAGGUUACAGCUGGAGGAUUUGUCUCUGAUCCAGGCUGUGCAGUGGGAAUGCGAUGAAGCCACCAAGAAGGCCUGUUACAGUAAGGGCAAGUCGAAGGAGGAAUGUCAGAACUACAUCCGUGUGCUGUUGGUGGGUGGUGACCGGCUAUUCACCUGUGGAACCAAUGCUUUCACACCCAUGUGCACCAACCGUACGCUGAGUAACCUGACCGAGAUCCAUGAUCAGAUCAGCGGCAUGGCGCGCUGUCCCUACAGUCCCCAGCACAAUUCCACAGCUCUCCUUACGGCCAGUGGAGAGCUCUAUGCUGCCACAGCCAUGGAUUUCCCGGGUCGCGAUCCUGCCAUUUACCGGAGUCUGGGCCUCUUACCUCCUCUUCGCACAGCACAGUACAACUCCAAAUGGCUCAAUGAACCAAACUUUGUGUCAUCUUACGACAUUGGGAACUUCACCUACUUCUUUUUCCGAGAAAAUGCCGUGGAGCACGACUGUGGGAAAACCGUGUUCUCCAGGGCUGCUCGGGUCUGCAAGAACGACAUCGGAGGGCGGUUUCUGCUGGAGGACACCUGGACCACGUUCAUGAAGGCACGCCUGAACUGCUCCCGCCCGGGCGAGGUCCCUUUCUACUACAAUGAGCUGCAGAGCACUUUCUUCCUGCCAGAGCUGGAUUUGAUCUACGGCAUCUUUACCACCAAUGUGAACAGCAUUGCAGCCUCAGCCGUGUGUGUCUUCAACCUGAGUGCCGUCUCCCAGGCCUUCAACGGGCCCUUCAAGUACCAGGAGAGCUCCCGUGCUGCCUGGCUACCCUACCCCAACCCCAACCCCAACUUCCAGUGCGGCACAGUGGACCAGGGCCUGUAUGCAAACCUGACGGAAAGGAACCUGCAGGACGCUCAGAAGUUCAUUCUGAUGCAUGAGGUGGUACAGCCAGUGACCCCGGUGCCCGCCUUCAUGGAGGACAACAGCCGCUUCUCCCAUGUGGCCGUGGACGUGGUGCAGGGCCGGGACACGCUUGUCCACAUCAUCUAUUUGGCCACAGAUUACGGCACCAUUAAGAAAGUACGGGCGCCCCUGACUCAGACCUCAGGCAGCUGUUUGCUGGAGGAGAUCGAGCUCUUCCCCCAGAGAUGGGGGGAGCCCAUCAGGAGCCUGCAGAUCCUGCACAGCCAGCAUGUCCUGUUCGUGGGCCUGUGGGAGCACGUGGUCAGAAUCCCACUGAAGAGGUGCCAGUUCCACCACACACGCAGCACCUGCGUUGGGGCCCAGGACCCUUACUGCGGCUGGGACGUGGUGAAGAAGAAGUGCACGAGCCUGGAGGAGAGCCUGAGCAUGGCGCAGUGGGAGCAAGACGCCUCCAGCUGCCCUACAAGGAAUCUCACCGUGGACGGGCGCUUUGGUGCGUGGUCUCCGUGGACACCCUGCACGCACACUGAUGGCAACGCUGUGGGGUCCUGCCUCUGUCGUACCCGCUCCUGCGACAGCCCGGCCCCUCAGUGUGGUGGCUGGCAGUGCGAGGGCCCCCACAUGGAGAUCGCCAACUGUUCCAGGAACGGAGGCUGGACCCCCUGGACCUCGUGGUCUCCCUGCAGCACCACCUGCGGGAUCGGCUUCCAGGUGCGGCAGCGGUCCUGCAGCAAUCCCACCCCCAGGCACGGGGGCCGGGUGUGCGUGGGGCAGAACCGCGAGGAACGAUACUGCAACGAGCAUUUGCUGUGCCCCCCACAUGUGUUCUGGACAGGCUGGGGUCCUUGGGAACGGUGCACAGUGCAGUGUGGGGGCGGCAUUCAAGCUCGCCGCCGGACCUGCGAGAAUGGGCCCGACUGCCCCGGCUGUGAUGUGGAGUACCAGCCUUGUAACACCAGCCCGUGCCCCGAGCUGAAGAAGACCACACCCUGGACACCCUGGACACCCGUCAACAUCUCUGACAACGGUGGUCACUACGAGCAGCGAUUUCGGUACACAUGCAAAGCCCGCCUGCCUGACCCGAAUUUGCUGGAAGUGGGAAGACAGAGAAUCGAAAUGCGCUACUGCUCUAGUGACGGGACCAGCGGCUGCUCCACAGACGGCCUUUCUGGGGAUUUCCUGAGAGCUGGGAGGUACUCUGCCCACACCAUCAACGGGGCUUGGUCAGCCUGGACAUCGUGGUCACAGUGUAGCCGCGACUGCAGCAGGGGCAUUCGGAACCGGAAGCGUGUUUGCAACAACCCUGAGCCCAAGUAUGGGGGCCUGCCUUGCCUGGGACCAUCCCUUGAAUACCAGGAAUGCAACAUUUUGCCCUGUCCAGUGGAUGGCAUGUGGUCCUGCUGGUCACCCUGGUCAAAAUGCUCGGCAACAUGCGGUGGUGGGCACUACAUGAGGACCCGCUCCUGCACGAACCCAGCCCCGGCCUAUGGAGGAGACAUCUGCCUUGGGCUGCACACCGAAGAGGCACUCUGCAGCACGCAGCCCUGCCCCGAGAGCUGGUCAGAGUGGUCAGACUGGUCUGAGUGUGACGCGUUUGGAGUCCAGGUCCGCACCCGCCAGUGCAUCCUGCUAUUCCCCGUGGGUAGCCAGUGUUCUGGAAAUGCCACGGAGAGCCGGCCGUGUGUUUUUGAUUCCAAUUUCAUCCCAGAAGUAUCUGUGGCGAGAUCCAGUAGCAUAGAAGAGAAAAGGUGUGGAGAGUUCAACAUGUUCCACAUGAUCGCUGUGGGGUUGAGCAGCUCCAUCCUGGGCUGCCUUCUCACACUGCUCAUCUAUACCUACUGCCAGCGGUACCAGCAACAAUCCCACGAUGCCACCGUCAUCCAUCCCGUCGCUCCCGCCCCUCUCAACACCAGCAUAACUAACCACAUCAACAAACUGGACAAGUAUGACUCGGUGGAGGCCAUCAAGGCAUUUAACAAAAACAACUUGAUCCUAGAGGAAAGAAACAAAUAUUUCAACCCGCAUCUCACUGGGAAGACCUACUCUAAUGCCUAUUUCACAGAUCUCAAUAAUUACGAUGAGUACUAAUAGCUCUUACAAUUUUGGCUUCUUGUAAUGCCCCAAGGCCUGUGCCCCAUGACUGCCCAUGUUUCCGAGACUUCAGAGGUGAAGUUUGGAUACAUUUCAAGUGCAUUUCAAGCCACCAGUGUCCCAUUGCUGCCAAAAGUAGACAUUCUUAAAAGCAACAAAAAUCUAAAUAUGAUGUCAUGAAAAUCUGGUCUACAAUACUUGCUCAUUGUUGAGUGAGCCAUGGUGUGCAGGUUUUGGUUAUUGUGUUCAGUCCAUUUUUCUAACAAGUCAGAUGUUUUCUUGAGCUUUUUAAUAAAUGUACCACCUACCCAGGCAGGAGUCAUUAGAAAUGUGAAUGUUUUCCUGCUCUUGAGCAUAAAUCUUCAUGAUGUUUUAAUUCAAGAAAAGAGACUCUUCAAGAGCCUCCACAAGGAGUGCUUAGGUCCACAAUAUUUGAUAAAAUGAAGAAUAGGAAUGUGGCCCUGCAGCCAUUCACCAUGGAUCUCCCAUCUUCCCAAUCUGGAUACCGUGGAAUUCUUGGAAGCAAUUUGGGGUUUAGACUUGGAAUGAUUCUUGCUGGGGAAGCCCAGGGAUUCAGCGUGUCUUGCGUCUGCAGCAGUAGUGGUAUGAGGUGUGAGACACUCCAGCCACGGGCUUGAUAUACUAACUGUGUUCAUCGCUGGUGGAGGUGAGCUUGAAGAGCAGAGGCACAGACACAGUGAAGGGAGAAGCAUCCUGUGUGUUGUGGCACAGUUAGCCUUAUUCUGACUCUUGGAUUUCAUGGCAUUCCAGGUUACUCCUUACCAUGUGGGUUGACCUGGAAGCCCCCUGUCUGGUCCAUGAUAACGCCCUGAAGAGCCAGUCUGUAAAAUGACCACUUGUUUAGCACUCGGAUAAACUCCACACUUCCUCUCUCCCGUCAGAGGAAAAUCUUGAAUAUUCAUGACACCAGUGAGGGAAAGCAUUGAACAUAAUGGAAUGUAAUUGAAAACAACAUUGUUGUUUUUUUUUUUUUUUACUUUUCCAUUUUAUGGAAAGGACUGAGAGAACAGACCUUUAAUGGAAAGCAACUUUUAAUUUUCUAUCUCCUGAUAGAACUAAUAUAUGGCAGUCAGCCCCUCUGCAGAGCAUUAGUGACGUGUAAGGCUGGUGUCUGCAGCCCGCUGCUGUACAUACUGGUGCUUCUGAGCACCACGCUGUCGUGGCGCCUCCAGGUCAGGUGAGGAGAUGUUUGGUCCUGGUGCCUUUUGUUUUUCCCUCAGUGCUGCCUCUCCAUCCACCCCCUCCCACCUCUCACUCCAACAGCAUUUUAAGAUGUACCUUGAGUAAGCAGGGGGUCUGGAAGUAACAUUUUAAUGAUCCCUGAGCAUUGAUCAUUGUUAAGCAUUUCAGAGUGUUAUAAUACUCUUCAUAUAGGUACUAUUCAUAAGAAGAAAAAGAAAGAAACAGGAUAAAUUACUCACAAACAACUGAUACAUAACAUAAGGCAGUUGGUGGAAAAACUGCUGAAAGUAAGAACGAGAUUGAAACCGUUCACCUGAUGCCUUGGCAUUGUGUUGGAGGCCUGGGUGAACAUUAAGACAUGUCCUUAUUGACAAAUGAACCUUCAGAUCUGGGAAAAUACAUGGUACAGGCACUGAGGAAACACAGAUUUAUUAACAUGUGUUUCUAUCCUAUCUAAUUGAAAGAAACAAUUUCAGAAAGUGGUGGGAAAAAUCUUACUAAUCAAUGUUUGGUAAUGAACAUUGAUGUCUUCAGAAUAUUCUCAUAUACCCUAAUUUGCAGAAGCUACCUUACUAAAAUUAAAUUUUAAAUGGCAGGUGGUCUCUGGGAGGCCUGAUAGAUUGCAAAUGAAUGGUUUUCCAGAUUUUUCCAGUGGGGAGUUCCUCUUAGGUCCCCUGUGUUCCCUAAAUGCUGUGAGGUUUUUCUGUCUGUACACACAGACUUUUAAGUCCAUAUUCAGGAGGUGAAGUUUAGCCAGAUAGUUUCCUAAUAAUUCUUGGGUUGGAUUUUUAUUGAAUGCUUUGACUUGUCUCAUCACUUUGCUUGUAAGAAAAAAUGUCCUCAAUGUGUAGCAACUACUAGCUGUUUCUUGACUCCCUCUCCUCAAUAUUUUUCUAAGCUCAAAAGGUCAUUUUAUUUCCCCUAGAAAAGAGAAUACUAAUAUUUCCAGAAAGCAUCAGUGGACCUGAUGGAAAAUGCUUUCUUAAUGCAUCCUAGCUGGUCUUCCAUCCAUCUCAUGCAGUGGCUGGGGACAGCGCCCUCCCUUCGCAACAGAAUUUUCACAUGGUUGAUUACAUGAGGGCUUUGAGAUUGUCACUGCAAAGAAAUCCCUCAUUUUUGUUCCCUGGCCCUCUGUUCAAAGGAAAACUAUUCUGACUUCUCUGUAUCUCUCUUCUUUCUCUCUCUCUCUCCCUCUCAUUUGACAGAAUUUAAGUUGAUUUUGAAUAAUUUUAACUAUAGUCUCAAUAUUUUAACCAGCUGUGGAGUAACUUUUGUUUUCCUGUCCCUGGAGUGUCUGCCACUGAGUCUGUCCUUGGCCUCCUGCUGCAUGCAGGCCCACCCGUGAUGCUGUCGUAGGGCCGCCUGCCCAGGUGUCCUUCGUAAGCUGCCCUCCCUUUCGCUGCGGUGAUGGCGGUUCUGUGUGGGGCGCAGUUUAAGUUUCUGAGUAGUAACUUCUUCAUUCUCUUUUUUUGUUUUCCUUGCUUUCUUCCUUUUUUUGGGGGUACAAGCAGCACAAAUAGAGACUAAAUUUUUAAGCGGCACUCCUCUGAAUCUAAUGUCAAAUGGCAUUGAUCACAAUUUAGUUUCUAGGGUUAUUUCUGGACCCUGUUGAUGUUUGGCUGGUUUUCAUGAGGAAACUGGCAUUAGUCUCACAUUUAAAUGCUUACAAAGCGAUUCCGGGUUGCUCAGGGUCCUUCCUCUAGACUAGACUGGUCACCCUCCGAUGUCAGCCCUGCAGUCACCGGCACUUUACAGGAAUGAGAGGAACUGAGGGUCCCGGCUACACAGCAUGUGGCCCUCCCAGAGAGCUCUGGGGGGGUGGGGGGCUUUGGUGGAACCGAGGCUUUGUCACCCUGAGGGAUGGGCCUGGUGUGCCCUGGGCUGCGGGAUCAGACACUGCUUCUCGGAGACCCACAGCCACCAGCUGAUUUUUCGCCGUCACCCAGCUCGCAUUGGGUGCUUUCGGUGCCUCUGACCCUGAACACUGAUGUGAGGAUCCCAGUGCCCCGCUCCUCAGGGGCAGUUCCCUGAGCUGGUGCCUCAGAUUCUGAGCAGGACUGGCUUUGGGGCUGGGAUGGCCUUGCGUGGGGAGGGGUGGCAGGACUCCAGGGGAACCGUGGAGGGGCAGGAGGGCGACCCUGCAUGGGGAAGCCUCUGUCCCCAGGGAGGGGCUGUCCCUGUGUCUGGGGUGAACCAGGGGUGUGCACCCACUGACUCACUGAGAAACGAAGAGAAAAGAAGCAGAGGAGGGGAAGGGUGGGAGAAGUAGUGACCCUGAGAACAUGGGGACCUGGUGGCUCCGGAGCUGAGUGCUACCGGCAGUCCGGCAGUUGCAUGAUCCACACAGGCCUCAGAUCCGUGCACACUCUCCCAGGAUCAGCCGUCCAGAGUGCAGGCAAAUGUGUCCUUAUUUCCUAUUAAUCUGCAAACGGCUGACGUUCCAGGAACCAAAGUUUCAGUGCGCAGUGUAUGCACUGGAAAAGGUGGAGGGGAGUGGGCCAGGUCACCUUUAGAGCUGCGGACAAGUCCCAACACAGGAGUGCAUGUCCCCCAGGGACACAAAGAUCAAAGGAAAUCUUACUUUGAAAAUAUGUCAAGACUGCACCCAGCUAACCAUUUUGUGUGAACACUUCUUAAGGCACCCUAAAGGCGCAGUUGACAGUGUUUGAAUUCACAGAUAUCCUCACCCUUCUUUAUCACAUCCUCCCUGCAUUCAGAAUAAAUCGUGAACAUUUCCCAGCACCAUCAAACCACCAUCAGCGCUGACUGUGCCCCAAGGCCAUCAACUUCCUUUAGUCCUGGGUGUCUUUCACACUCCAGGGGGCUUGUGUGUGGCAUUUGUAAAGUAUCUCCAUUGCUUGUAUCUGAAUCCAGCAUUUCUAUCUCAAAAGAUGGCCCCAAGGCACCUAUGCAGAGGCACCGGCUACCAGGGGUCCAUCAGAUGAACUGAGUCUGUCCUAGAGAAGCCAUGUCCAUGUGGCCGGGCUGUGCCCGAGUCCCACAGGCCCCACAGCCAGUGGCUGUGAAGAUGGGGAGUUAGAAUGAUAACUUUCAAUCAACUCUCUGAUAAUUCCCUUUAAGGAGAUGCAAGCUGGAGCUCACUAUUCUCGUUGGCAUGCCCAACACAUUCACAGCUUCCAAUGUCUGCACUAUUUCGUGGUAAUUUAUGCUGACUAGGUGAUUUAUGUUGACAUCGCCAAAUUUGAUUACUUGUGACUGUCUAUUAUCAGACACUAGAAAGCCAUCUGAACCCUUGCUUCUCUAGCCAGUGUGAAAUGGGAGGACACAGAGUAACAUUCAGUUUGACCUGAGAAAUGCCCAAAAAGGAAUGCCAAGUACUGCACAGUGAUUACCGUGUAAGAUAAGUAUUUGGAGAUCAGGAACAAUUAUGGAAUUUAUUUCUGCUGUUCUCCUUGUUGAGGUCUUUAAUAAUAAUGGAUUUAUAGAUGCUUGGUACCUGUACAAACAGUGAACCCCAAGGCAUUCAUAUUAUCUGUUCUGAUAACUUCAUAAACACAGGAAAAUAUGUUAAUUAUUGCUGCUUUUCUCUUUUGGAAAUUGAAAAGUAAUGAACAAGACAUAACUUUGGACUGCUGGCAGUAUUUCCAAAAUGAUGCUAACAUACUAACUGUUUUAAUGGAUUUCUGCAUUAUAUACAUAAUUUUUGGAGCAGAUCAAAGUUGUUUUCAGUGGUCAUAUGUCGCAUCAAAAAAAAUUUAACGCAUGUUAAGAUGCACCCAGAACAGAGACCUGUUGUCUCUUGAAAAUAUAGUUUAUACUGCAAAGAGAGCAUUGUCAAAACCAAAUUCAGAUCCUGACACAAAGUGUACAGUUCUUAGUGAAAGCUGUCUUGUAUAGUAUUUGCAAAAGAUCAUAUUAGUUUUUCCAUAGAAUGAAUAACCUUACUACUCAUAACCAGAGUUACUAUCAAUUUGCAUUCCAGCAAGCAUCUUUUUCUAUGUUGACAUGAUGACAGUAACUAGUCAAGGACAUUUUAAAACCUGAAAGGAAAAACAAAAGAGGAAAACCCUCUAUGUCAUUUCUUAAACUAACAUGUUGAACAGGAAAAUAACUCAUUCUAUCUUUCCAUAUUUAGUCAGAAAUCUGAGGCCAGUAGUUUGAACAUGAUCCUAUUCUUUUUCAGUUUUUUGGCAACUUAAUGCCAAAUGGUCCAAAUAUUAGAUGAAUGGCAAUUCAACAUCAUUCAAAUGUUAGAUAAAUACAAGCUAGGAGCAAAAUGCAGAUUCUGGAAAAGCCAAACCAUCCUUCCAUCAUGUCGCCAAGGGCAGCAUUGUUAGCCGCCGCCUGCCCAUGCAGCUAGUUUAGUUUCCUAUAAGAAGUUGCCAGUGCCUUGUUUAACAUGGUGAUUUAUCAUUUCACCGGGAUAGUAUUGGUUCCAAUUCAAAGCAGAGGACUGAUUGGCUGUACUUUGAAGAACACAUUCUCAUAUGCCUCUUUGAACUCAGGAAUAGAGACCAAGAAGCAUGUCACAGAUGUGACUUUUACCCGCCCUGGGCUGGGUGUGUGUCAUAGGUAGAUGCAGUGGUGUGUCCAGAGUUUAGGUUAACCCAGCCUCAGCCUUCCAGAGAGUGACAUUAAUUUUGCAUCUUCCAAAAAAUAUCUUAGUGUUUGUUUUGUGGUAGGAACAUCCAUGUGGUGCCUAUAAAAGUAGAGGUUUCUGGUAGUGUCCCUCUUCAGCCAAGUCCAUAGAUGGAAAAAUCAGGCUGGGGACACUGGCACAGAUAUGGUGGCUGGAAUGAGGACCACCUAAAAUAAUGCCUGCUUUUAUUUUUUUUUCAGUCAGUGUCAAAAUUCCUCAUAAGUUAACAAGGUUGUCACUCUUAAUUUUGGUUAAGAAAGUUAAGGGUGAUGUGUCUACUAAAGCUGACCACUUUUCCCUUGUACCACGACUUGGCCAAAAUCAAACUUCAGCUUUUGCUCUUUGAAAGAAAGCACAGUGUGAACCUUCGACCCAGGCACCUACAUUUACCACCCAAACUCUAUGUCAUCUGCAAAGAAAAUGCACAGACUUGGUCCCGUGUAGGAUUCCUCAAAACUGUGUAACAAAACUAGUGUGUUACAAUAUGUGACAUGACUUGGGAAGGUGUUAUGAAAUGUUUAAUGCCUCAUUCUGUGUUAAUAUUGCCACUUCUGUUCUGUGAUACAAAAUAAUCUUAUUUGGGCUUUCUUUUUUUUUUUCAUUGAGACUUCUCCAAAGCCAACUUUAGCCCUUAGUAAACUUGCAAAAAGUUACCUUAAAAUUAAUUUUUAAAAGACAAAAUAUAUAUUAAUCAAAAUGGAGCUUUUAAAGAAUGAGAUGGCAUUGCCUCUCCCUUCGUUUGAAAGAGAAAAUGGAGUUUUGGUGGCCCUGUUGGGCUGUUUGUGGAUUGACAAAUCUUUCUUCGCUGGGCCGUUGGGUGCCUGCACUUUUUUUUCAAUCCUUACAUUCAGUUCUCUAGGUUUCAUUCAAAGCCUUGUUAGAAAGGUGCAAUACAUAUUUCCAGGGUCUCACUCUUACCUUUUCUUCUCACUGAUUCAUCAGUCUUUAAUGCUCACUUGACAACUGUCCAGGUUUAUAUCAGAAGGUUGUUUAAAGACACCCACCAGGUACACUGCUUCCAAACAUCGGUUUAAGACACCAACUGUGGCAGCCUCGGCAGGGAGCUCACUGCCUGCCACACUGGAUUGCAUGUGGAAGUGAGAGAAAGGGCAGGAGGGGAGUUACGCAGCAGAUCAGUGGAACCCAAACCUGGUCCAGCCCCCAACCCUGAAUAAAAUAAACAUGUAAGAUAAAAUUUCACAGAAGUGAAAAUGUCGUCUUACUCCCUGCUCUUGGCAAAUCACCGACGUCUCUCCCACACCUAGGCAUUGUUUCUAAACAGUGAAUUCAUGGAGUGACCCUGAGCACGCUCACGGUGCGGAGAUUUCCCUUUCAUAGCCACCGCUCUUCACCAUCUCUCUCUACCAACAAUUUGGGGAACAAAAUAAGAGAACCCUAACUAUGUACAGUAUAAAUUGUAUUAUAUUUUUUGUACUUACGUUUUAUGUAAAUAGUUUGUCUCAUCCAAUUGUAUGUGAGCAUUGAAAUAAAUCCUACCAUUUAGGAAACA